AUGACGCCAGGCCAGGAGAGUGGUGGUCGGCAGGACCCCGAGAAGAGCCUCGCCCGCCCCCUGCAGGGGCCUCUAGCCAGGACCCGGACAGUGGAGAGACCACCAGGAGUCAUGAAGCCUCUUGCUCUUGGAGGCAUCCCCCUUGCUACACCGACUGGGCUCUCCAGUUGGACCUCCAAGCUGCUUGGGGUGCACAUGCCCAAAGCCACACCCACCUUCCUGGAGUUUACGUCAGCCUUCGCCCGCCAGCCUCGGCCCUCUCACACCCCAGAGACCCUGGACCUGAACCCUCCCAAGGUGAAGGCCUCGGCUCCAACCCCUCGCUUCUCCUGGUGCGGCCCCCAGCAGGCCAGUCGCCCCGGCUCCACCGCCCUCUCCACCCGAGGCCUGCAGGGAACAGUCCGAGUGGGACCGGAAGGGGAUGGGGGUCCUCAGGGCGCCCGGGAGCGGCCACCUCGCGCCGUGGCUGGGAAGGGCCAGAGACCCGGGAGAGGCUCCCCUUGGCGGUCGCCCUCCAGGAGCCGAGGUUCUCCUCCGGGACCAUCGCCCAGCCCCGCCACGCUCAUGGACCCCAUUGGCCCGCCCGUGUCCUGGGAGACCCCGGUCCCCAAGCCCUUAUGGCUCUCCCGCCCCCACAGGGACUCCCGGCCACCGCCCUGGCCCCCUUCCCCUGCCCUGCGAACCUUUCUCUUCCAAAUGGAGUGGCACCAGGCAGACGGCCCGGAGAGCGGGGUUCUCAGGUCCCAAGUGAAGGCCGGCUGCUAUGUGCCCUCACAGUUACUGAGCUCCCGGGCUGCAGAGAAGGUACAAGGGAAGAGAACUGUCUAUAGAAGUGCAUGCCUAGCCCUGGCCCUGCUGGUGGCCGUCACGGUGUUCCAGCGCAGUCUAUCCCCCAGCCAGUUUCUGCAGAACCGCUCACUACCCACCCUGGGGCCACAGAAGGCCCAGAAGCCAAGUGGACACCUGGUGAAUCCCAACAGCUUCUGGAAGAGCCCAAAGGAGGUGGCCGUCCUCACCCCCACAACCUCACGGGGGCCCCAGUUCUGGGACGUGACCACCACCAAUUGUUCAGCCAACAUCAACCUGACCCACCAGGCGUGGUUCCAGGGCCUGGAGCCACACUUCCGGCAGUUUCUGCUCUAUCGACACUGCCGCUAUUUCCCCAUGCUGCUGAGCCACCCGGAGAAGUGCAGGGGUGAUGUUUACCUGCUGGUGGUCGUCAAAUCGGUCAUCACCCAGCACGACCGCCGCGAGGCCAUCCGCCAGACCUGGGGCCGCGAGCAGGAGGCGGUGAGCGGGGGCCGUGGCGCCGUGCGCACCCUCUUCCUGCUGGGCACAGCCUCCAAGCAGGAAGAACGAGCCCACUACCAGCAGCUGCUGGCCUACGAGGACCGUCUCUAUGGUGACAUCCUGCAGUGGGACUUUCUUGACAGUUUCUUCAACCUGACUCUCAAGGAGACCCACUUCCUCAAGUGGCUUGACACCUUCUGCCCCAAUGUCCACUUCGUCUUCAAAGGGGAUGACGACGUCUUUGUCAACCCUGCCAACCUGCUGGAGUUUCUGGCUGACCGGCAGCCCCACGAGGACCUGUUCGUGGGUGACAUCCUGCAGCAUGCCCGGCCCAUCCGCAAGAAGGACAACAAGUACUACAUCCCCAGCGCCCUGUACGGCAAAGCCACCUACCCACCCUACGCUGGCGGCGGUGGCUUCCUCAUGGCAGGCGGCCUGGCCCGGCGCCUCUACCACGCCUGUGACACCCUGGAGCUCUACCCCAUCGACGACGUCUUCCUGGGCAUGUGCCUGGAGGUGCUGGGCGUGCGGCCCGUGGCCCACGAGGGCUUCAAGACGUUUGGCAUCUCACGGAACCGAAACAGCCGGAUGAACAAGGAGCCCUGCUUUUUCCGCUCCAUGCUCGUGGUGCACAAGUUUCUGCCGGCCGAGCUGCUGGCCAUGUGGGGCCUGGUGCACGGCAACCUCACCUGUUCGCGAAAGCUCCAGGUGCUCUGA